UAGUACCACUGCCUAAAAGAGUAGUUAGAGAAGGCUCACAGAGAGAGACACAGAGAGAUUGGCUUUCAUGGAAGAAAUGGUGGUAGGAAACCUUUUUAAUGGUGAGAGAGAUGCACAGAUUCAAGCGGCUAGAGAACUCAGUAAACUCAGUAGUAAGCAGAGGCACAAGUUGGCUGAAAGAGGUGUCAUGUCACCUUUAAUUGUGAUGCUUCACUCACAAGAUUAUGAGGCCAUUGAAGCUGCUCUGUUUGCUCUGCUCAGCCUUGCCUUUGGCAGUGAACGAAACAAGAUCCGCAUUGUGAAAUCUGGGGCUAUACCAGUUUUGCUGAACCUCCUUCAAUGCCAAAACGAAGCACUGAUUGAGCUCACUUUAGCAGCUAUGUUGAUCCUCUCUUCCUGCACAGCAAACAAGCUAAAAAUCGCGUCUUCUGGCACCAUACAACACUUGGUAGAGUUUCUCAAUGGAGAUUAUAGUGGUGAUAACAGCAUGAAUAGCAUUAGCAUGCAAGCCAAGCUUGACAGCAUAGCGACUCUCCACAAUCUCUCAACUUGUCAACAGAUUAUUCCAUCAAUUGCCUCUUCUGGUUUACUAUAUUCCUUGCUUCAGUUAAUCCACAACUCGGAAAAGUCAUCUGAAUUGGUUGAAAAGACAAUAGGGCUGCUUGAGAAUAUUGUUUCCUUCUCAGAGAAUGCACUUUGUGAAACUGCUAGCGCAGAUGGUGUAAUUCACGCAUUGGUUGAAACUAUUGAGGAUGGUUCCCCACAAUGCAAAGAGCAUGCAGUGGGAAUCCUCCUGCUUAUAUGUCAAAGCAGCAGAGAAAGAUAUAGAGGAUUGAUUUUAAGGGAAGGAGUGAUGCCAGGGCUACUUCAGUUGAGCGUAGAUGGGACAAGGAGGGCUAAAAAUGUGUCUAGAGAAUUGCUGUUGCUUCUAAGGGAUUGCUCAAGAUAUGGUUCAAGAAACAAACAAUCAAAACAUGAGCUUGUAGAGCAGAUUAUGCAAGAAAUUGAUGCAGGAGAUAACAUCGAGGGUUCGACACUAAGGCUGGUAGAGGAGAUGAUUGCAAAGCUUAGUACAUGACCUGCCAUUGUUUUAAAUCAAAAAUUAUACUGAUCUGGGUCCAGGUGAUGGGCUCACUCCUUGCAACAUUUUGAGAAAGGUGUCUCUCUUUGUAUAUAGUACUUUUUUGGGAUUCUGUUGCUAAUUUGGGAGU